AUGGAUCACGGCGAGCGCACUGCUGUUGUGGAUGUGGUGCACAGACUACCCACGUGUAUAAAGCCCUCCCGGAUCUCCUUGUCUGUAAAUAUGAGCUGUCAUUGUAAACUUCUGGUCUCUUUACUGCAGAGAAGUGUGAGAAUAGCGCAGACAGCCUUCCCCACUGUUAUCAAAGCGCAGAUAGGUGGACGAGGCUCAUAUCAGCACAGGUUACUCUCCAGUGUAGCUCGAGAUGUCACAAAUAAACAUAUAUUUGCGACGCAGACUAUCCCCAAGAGCAGCACCCAUCACUUCUGCACCAAGCCACGGUCGCCAGUAGAAGAUGAGUACCCUCCUCUACCCGAUUAUGACCGGUCUGAAGAAGAUCUGCAGAAGAAAGAGGUUUUCAUUGUUCACGUGAAAGGUCUGCCCUGGUCCUGCACGCCAAAAGACCUUCUACAGUUCUUCUCUGACUGCAGGAUCCGUGAUGGCGAGAAGGGGAUCCACAUGACCGCUGAUCGAUCGGGUCGACCGUCUGGACGAGCGUUCAUUGAGGUGGAGCAUGAAGAAGACCUCAGCAAAGCUCUGGAGAAACACCGGCAGUACAUGGGCCCUCGUUAUGUUGAAGUCUAUGAAGUCACCAACAGUGACGCUGAAGCCAUCAUAAAGAACACAGCGGAGGGCGGGUCUUCAGACUGUGUGGUCCGGAUCAGAGGGCUGCCCUACUCCUCCUCAAAGGCAGAUAUCGCCCACUUCUUUUCAGGUUUGGAUAUCGUGCAGAACGGCGUCACGAUCGUCGCCGACCACAAAGGGAGGAACUCUGGCGAAGCUUUUAUCGAGUUUACGUCACAAGAGGAUUUUGAGGAAGCUCUGAGUAAAAACCGAGAACUGAUCGGAAACCGAUACAUCGAGGUUUUUCCGAGCAGAAAAGACGAGAUCCGCACUGGCCCCAGGAACCGCUCCAACGUGAAUCCACCUCAAGCUCAAAGGAGAACUCCACCCACUGCUUCAAACUCCCAACGACACGACGUGAGGAACGCCCACAGCUCUCCUGUGUCAUCGCACCACGUCCACAUGAGAGGUCUCCCGUUCAGCGCCUCCGCAGAAGACAUCGUCGAGUUCUUCUCCCCGCUGGCCGUGUCCAAACUGCAGCUGGAGUUUGAGACAGAAUGCACAUCGGAGAGCGAUAUAUCGAGCUGUUCCUCAACUCUGAAACAGACCGGUAGAGAAGGUGAACGAAGAGGGUGA